CUGAAUCAUGGAGUUGUCGGAUAUCUCUUUCCCCAUCCCGGCUGCUGAUGAUUUCUACGACGACCCGUGCUUCAACACCAGCGACAUGCACUUCUUCGAGGAUCUGGACCCGCGGCUGGUGCAUGUGGGCCUCCUGAAGCCCGAGGACGCCUCCUCCAUCUCCUCCUCUUCCUCCACCUCCUCUUCCUCCUCCUCCCCUCCGUCCUCCCUGCUGCACCUCCACCAGCACCUCCACCACGCCGAGGAGGACGACGAGCACGUCCGGGCCCCCAGCGGGCACCACCAGGCGGGCCGCUGCCUGCUCUGGGCCUGCAAGGCCUGCAAGAGGAAGACGACCAACGCGGACCGGAGGAAGGCGGCCACCAUGCGGGAGCGGCGGCGGCUCAGCAAGGUCAACGACGCCUUCGAGACGCUGAAGCGCUGCACGUCGGCCAACCCGAACCAGCGGCUGCCCAAGGUGGAGAUCCUGCGCAACGCCAUCAGCUACAUCGAGUCCCUGCAGGCGCUGCUGCGGGGCGGCCAGGACGACGGCUACUACCCGGUGCUGGAGCACUACAGCGGGGACUCGGACGCGUCCAGCCCGCGGUCCAACUGCUCCGACGGCAUGAUGGACUUCAACGGCCCGACCUGUCAGUCCUCCAGAAGUUACGACAACAGCUCUUAUUUCUCUGAGACUCCAAACGCCGGGGUGAAGAGUGACCGCAGCUCGAUGGUCUCCAGCCUGGACUGUCUGUCCAGCAUCGUGGAGCGGAUCUCCACCGAGUCCAGCAGCCUGCUGCCGCCCGCCGACGGGCCCUCCUCCCCGGCAGAGGCCGAGGUCGAGGCCGCGGCGGCCGCCCCGCCCUCCCCGACCAGCAGCCAGGACCCAAACCUCAUCUACCAAGUCCUAUGAACA